AUGGGCCAAGGCGUCUCAUUUCAAGUCAGUUGCCCCUUGUUACUGGUGGUCUCGCUUUCCAUCGACGUUGACCACUGGCCCCUCGAUGCUCAGAGCGAUCGUGAAGAGGGCUCUUCGACUCUCCUCAACAAUGCCAGCCCCAGCUUGGACAACUGCGGGCAGCUAAAGUUCCCUGGUGCUUUUCCGGACGAGCGUCAAGGUGACCCUGAAACACUAACCGAGGAAUAUACCACAACAGAUAUGGGCGAGCAGCGAAGCCGCCGCUCGUCAUUGAAGAGCGAGGCCGAAGGGAUCCCUUCCAACCAAGAUGAGGUAUCCCCCGUUCUGGACAAAGGAAAACAGCGAGCUACUUCUGCUCAGGAUGAUGAUGCGAGGACACGUGUAUCAGGGUGUUCAACAAGUUCCUUGGUAGAUCAGUUCGAGGGUCUUGAGGUCAGACAAAAGCGCUCCAUUUCGGCGGCAAAUGACGCCCAGUUGGACGGUAACAUGACUGAGGCCGCUCGGGCCGAAGCUAUCUACGAUAUCCUCACGCGUGCUCCCCUUGUAAAUAACGCAGGAGUCCAUAUUGCCAGCGGCUCCAAAAUUACUGGAGCCCCCGUCAUUGCUGGCCGAGACGUCAGCAUCAAUAUCUAUAAUAAUCCCAAGGAUGCUGCCACCAUUGGAUCCAAGGGUGAAGGGCCGAAGAUAACGAGGCAGGAAUUGCUGGACUGGUUUGCGGAUAGCGCCAACUUCCACCUGAUUCAACAGCACAAUUACGAGAAAUGGACCAAUGGAACACUUGCCUGGUUUACCGACUCGGAGGACUACCUUGCCUGGAAAGCCGGAAAAUAUCGGGUCCUUUGGGGCAUGGGCAUUCCCGGGGCUGGGAAAACGAUUCUUGCUUCGAGGACCAUCGACGACCUUCAGAAAUUCCAAAAAGAAACGCCUUCCACGAGGAUUUGCAUCGUCUUUGCCUACUGCCGAUAUUCCGCACAAUUGACUGUCAAGGAUAUCCUCGAAGCACUGGUGAAGCAAUUUCUCGAAACCGACUCAUCGCUGGCAGAUCUCGUUGAGACGCUCUACACGCAACACAAGCAGAAGAAAACCCGGCCCACUCAGGACGAGCUCUUGGAUUUGUUGCGACAAUUCGAGAGCCGGUUCGACAUCUUGUUCUAUGUCAUCGACGGACUGGACGAGGCGCUGGUCACCACCCAGUUCAACCUUAUCAAAGCCAUCAAGACCCUUCGAGGCCAGUUUGCAUUGACAUCGCGCCCUUUGGCGAGUCUGGAAGCAGUGCUCCCAGCCACCAGGUUCUACUCCGUGACAGCAAAUAAUUCGGACGUGGUUCUCCUCAUCCAGGACAAAGUGGAGUUGAACCCCAGAUUUCAACGGCUCUUGGAGCAGCAUUCCUUUCAAGGUGAACUGGUCCGAAAGAUUUCAGACAAAUCCAGGGGGAUGUUUCUUCAUGCGGCGCUUCAGAUUGAAUUCGUCCAACACUGCAUCAGCAUCGCUGACCUGCAACAGGCACUGGAUUGUUUGCCGACAGACCUCCCCAACAUAUACCGCGAAGCUCUAAAGCGGAUCGGUGACCAGCAGAAUCGAAACGCCGAGCUCGCCCAACACGUCCUUCUGUGGCUUGUUUUCGGUCGGGAAGCACUGACGUUUCCUGACCUGAAAUAUGCCCUUGGUCUCACUCUUCCUGAUCACGCCGGUGGGAUUGACAAGGAAGCCUUUGUAUCGAUAUGCUGCGGACUGGUCACCGUGGAGGCUCGGACGGAUCUUGUCCGCCUAGUCCACUUCACCGCUCAAGAUGCUCUCGCACCCAUCCUGAAGGAAUACAUCCCCAACCCACACAGCAUGCUCUUUGCCGUAGCCGCGCAACGCCUCGUUGACUGUGGCAUCGUCGACAACUCGGUGGGUAUGGAAACACAAGAGGACCGUGACGACGCAUUUGCAAGACACCCGCUUCUCAAAUACUGCUACGACCACUGGGCCUACCACGCACGAGAAGGCAUGGCAAAUCCCGCAUUGCUUGAUAAAGUGCUCGCUUUUGUCUGCCACUGCAAAUCGUUCCCAGAGAAGAAUCCAGAUUCUUCUCAACUCACAUUCCUGUCCCCCCUUCACGUUGUGGCCCGACACGGCCUUUAUAGUAUCCUCGACGAAGUUCUGAAAAUCGCAAGAGGAAAGGUGACACUGCGUACGCGUGGGUGGAGGGAGGCCACUCCGUUGAUGCUAGCCUCCGAGCAUGGUCAUGUGGAGGUCAUUGAUGCGCUACUGCGAUACACCAGAAGAUCGAUGUUGCGGUCGACGGUGAGUGGCGAAGGGCGACCAGGGACCCAUCUGUUCUUGGGUCAGCUAAAUCUUCGGGAUAGCAGGGGGAUGACGGCUCUUAUGCUUGCGUCCAGAGAGGGGCACGUAGAUGCAGUGCAGCGCCUGAUCGCACACAAGGACACCCAGGUCAAUCUCGCCAACAAAUAUGGCUGGACGGCAUUGAUUCUCGCGUCGCGCUAUAGUCACGAGGGCACCGUUCAGCGCCUGCUCGCGCACAAGGACACUCAGGUCAAUCUCGCCAACAGCGAGGGCGAAACGGCAUUGAUGCUCGCGUCGCGCAAUGGCUCCGAGGGUACCGUUCGGCGCCUGCUCGCGCACAAGGACACCCAGGUCAAUCUCGCCAAUAACAACGGCGAAACAGCACUGAUGCUCGCAUUGAACCCUGGGCUGAGUCUGCCUGAAUGGAGACGCCAAGGCUGGUACUCUCGGUGGGACUGGGGCACCUGGAAGAAGUUGCUAGCGCUCUUCCUUGGGCACAGCCAGAUAGACCCCAACACUGCCAACAAAAAUGGGGAUACCGCCCUGAUUUUAGCCGCAAGGGAUGGGCGUUCGGAGGCUGUCUCUCUGCUCCUCCAACACCAAGGGAUCAAUGUCCAUCACAAGAAUAAAAAGGGUCAAACAGCGCUGGCGGUAGCUCGGAAGGGGAAACCAAAGAAAGAUGGGACUGGAACGAGGGAAGACUACCGGCCUAUCGUCAAAAUGCUCACGGAGUUCGAGCAAUGCUCAUCCUAA